AUGGUCUCCAUCAAGCUAAGUUCGGUGAAGUUGACCUUAGAUGGUGAUAUAGUUAUGAGGAAUCUGAAUCACACUUAUGAUUCAAAAUUCAAUAUAACUACUGUCGAAUUGGGUAAAAUGAUUCAACCCCAGACGGUUACCCUAUCACUCAAGUAUACAGGUGAAAUCAAUGAUAAAAUGCGUGGUUUCUAUAGAAGUACCUACAAAGACGAAAAUAAUCAAGUGAAAUACCUCGCGUCUACUCAUUUUUGA